AUGGAGCCUACCCUGGCAGUCCCCACUCCAUUUGGCUGUGUUGGCUGUAAGCUGCCUCAGCCAAACUACCCACCGGCUGUAAUAAUCUUUAUGUUCUGCGCAAUGGUUAUCACCAUCGUUGUAGACCUGAUCGGCAACUCCAUGGUCAUUUUGGCUGUGGCUAAGAACAAGAAACUCCGAAAUUCUGGCAACAUGUUCGUGGCUAGCCUCUCGGCAGCUGAUAUGCUGGUCGCCAUCUACCCCUACCCUCUGAUGCUGCAUGCCAUGGCGAUUGGGGGCUGGGAUCUGAGCCAUUUCCAGUGCCAGGUGUUUGGAUUCAUCACAGGGCUGACUGUGGUCGGCUCUAUCUUCAAUAUCAUGGCAAUUGCUAUCAACCGUUACUGCUACAUCUGUCACAGCCUCCAGUAUGAGCGGAUCUUCAGUGUGCGCAAUACCUUCAUUUACCUGGCCGUCACCUGGAUCAUGACCAUCCUGGCCAUCCUGCCCAACACGUACAUUGGCACCAUUGAGUAUGAUCCUCGCACCUACACCUGCAUCUUCAACUACCUGAACAACCCCGUCUUUGUUGUGACCAUCGUCUGUAUCCACUUCGUCCUCCCUCUGCUCAUAGUGGGUUUCUGCUACGUGAGGAUCUGGAUCAAAGUGCUGGCGGCCCGGGACCCAGCUGGGCAGAAUCCUGACAACCAGCUUGCUGAGGUUCGCAAUUUUCUAACUAUGUUUGUGAUCUUCCUCCUCUUUGCAGUGUGCUGGUGCCCUAUCAACGUGCUCAAUGUCUUGGUGGCUGUCAGUCCAAAAGAGAUGGCAGGCAAGGUCCCCAACUGGCUUUAUCUUUCAGUGUACUUCAUAGCCUACUUCAACAGCUGCCUCAAUGCUGUGAUCUAUGGGCUGCUCAAUGAGAAUUUCCGAAGAGAAUACUGGGUCAUCUUCCAUGCUAUGCGGCACCCUAUCCUCUUCCUCUCUGGCCUCUUCACUGAUUUGCGUGAGAGGUGGGAGAUCCAGGCCCGUGACCGUGUCCGUGACCGUGUCUGUGCACGCGCCUGUUAUGAAGUUCGAGAGCAAGCCCAUGAACAAGACCGGGCCAAUGCUUGUCCUGCUGUGGAGGAAAUACCAAUGAAUGUCCGGAAUGUUCCACUACCUGGUGAUGCUGCAGCUGGCCAACCUGAGUGUGCCUCUGGCCACCCCAAGCCAGUUUCUUGCCACUCCAGGCCAGCCUCUGCCUACGGCAAAUCUGUCUCUGGCCACCACAAGUCGGUCUUUAGCCACUCCAAGCUUGCCUCUGGCCACCCCAAGUCUGCCUGUGGUCACUCCAGGUCUACCUGUGGUCACCCCAAGUCGGCCACUGUCUACCGUAAGCCUGCCUCUGUCCAUUUCAAAGCUGACUCUGCCCAUUUCAUGCCUGCCUCCAGCCACCCCAUGCCUGUCAUUGGCCACCACAUCCCUGCUGGCAGCUACUCCAAGAGUGCCUUCAGCCCUACCACCACCCAACCUACACCCAUCACUGGCUACAUCAAGCUUGCUACCAGCCUCCCUGCACCCACCACUACCGACCAUCCUAAGCCUGCUACCACCAGCCACCUUCAGCCUACUGUCACUGGUUACCCUGAGCCCACUGCCUCCUGCCACUCUGAGACCACUGCUACUGGCCACCUUGAGUGUGACAUCACUGACUUCCCUGAGCCUGCUGCCAGCCCACAGGAGCCUGCCACCUUCACUGACCCUCUUCACCCCACUGUGGUCACCACUGACACCAGUGAUCACCAGGAGGAUGUGGUUAUUGAUGUUGAAGUUGAUUCUGAUGAAAUGGCCAUGUGAAAAAUGUUCUCAGGGGGUGGCCAAGCAGUGGUCCACUUUCAAGUUUAUCUAGCAUAUGUAAUCCAAAGUCAGGUACCUCACUGCUUCUACACACAGAAAUAUACACACAGACACUCACAACCAUGGUGUAAGGUAAUUCCAUUGUUCAGGCAGAUUCCUCUACACCCUGUACUCUAGAAAGUGUGUGUGUGAGUUAGUGCGCGCUCAUGUGCUAUUUUAAAGACUAAAUUUCCCUCAAGUUUGACAUCUGUUUUUCUGAGCCUCCCUUUCCUCCUAUGGUUGACCUUGAGCCCACAAUGGUCCUUGAAAUUUUAGACUGAUUUUUUUCCCCUCUCCCUGUCCCCCUUUCUCCUCUUUCCUCAUUUUCUCCUCCUUGUUCCUGCUUUCUUCUCCCAUUCCCUGAGGGGGAGGAGUGAGGGAAAAGUGCAUGCGCAAUGGUGAAGGUGUUCCCUGGGAAGGCUUCUGUAAAGUGAAUGUGACCUCAGAGCUUUAUGUUACUAAAUGUGUAAACUCUAUAUUGUACUUUUAAUGGCAGCCAGAGAGGCAGUUGUUCUCAAGUGCAAGUACUUGAAACAAUUUCUUUUCUAAAUUCCAGUAACAAAAUGUGACCUAUAUCUAAAAAACAAUUUGAUUAGCUCUUACUAAAAUAAAAUUUUAUGCCUAUGAGAUCAAAUGGCAAAAGAAAAGAUAUGGCCACCCUGAAUUGUUUCUGUUUUGUGAAAAUUCAAACAUCGGUGUUGAUUUUUAUAGUCGGACGCAAAUGUGAAUGGUAACAUGUUUUUACCUUUUUCCAUUUUUAGUAUCACCCCAGAUUGUUGUUUUUUUCAUUUAGUCUCAGAGAAACAAAUCCAUUCAUAAACUAGUUUCUUUUAAGAUUUAAAUUUAUGGUUGCUGGGAUCAAUUACAGUUGGUUUUAAUAUUAUAAUUCACAACUACACCUUACCUCAGAUUUUUUUAAAACAGCCUGAUGUCUUUAAUCAGUUUUUACAUUUUUUUUUCAUUGAAAAGGUAAUUCGAGGUAAUACCUGGUAACCAGAAGUGAAUGGAGUCCUACCAUGAAGGCUGCAAAUGAGUGUUUCUUCAAAAGCCUUUCCUUCCUGCCUUGUCGCUCUGAACCUCCUAGCUGGGGUGGGAAGUGAGGAGAAAGAGACACCAACACCAGCCCAGUCCACCACCCUUGGUUGAGGUUCAGUGAUCCACAAUGUUAA